AUGGAAAUAUUGGAAAAUAAAAAUGUAGAAGUAAACAGCAGUAAGUACAAGAGAAAAGUAUGUGUGACAGGUGCAUCUGGUUUUCUAGCUUCAUGGCUGAUCAAACGCCUUCUAUUGUCUGGUUAUCAUGUCAUUGGCACAGUUAGAGAUCCAGGGAACCAAAACAAAGUAGGCCAUCUGUGGAGGCUGCAAGGAGCAAAGGAGAGACUUCAUCUGGUGAAAGCUAACCUUACCGAUGAAGGCAGCUUUGAUGAUGCUAUUAUGGGUUGUGAUGGUGUUUUUCAUACUGCCUCACCUGUCUUGGGAAAGCCUACUUAUGAUCUUACGGCUGAAAUCCUGAAACCUGCAAUAGAUGGUACCUUAAAUGUGCUAAGAUCCUGUAAGAAAAAUCCAAGCCUGAAACGUGUGGUUUUGACCUCAUCUUCUUCAACAGCAAGGGUAAGAGAUGACAUUGACCCUAACAUACCCUUGGAUGAAUCAUCUUGGAGCUCUGUCGAACUCUGCCAAAAAUUUGAGAUUUGGUAUGUACUAUCAAAGACACUAGCCGAGAAGGCUGCUUGGGAAUUCUGUGGACAAAACAACAUUCAUCUUGUGACACUACUCCCCUCUUUCAUCAUUGGACCAAGUUUGCCUCCAGAUUUAUGUUCAACAGCAGAUGAUGUCCUUGGUUUGCUUAAAGGAAAGACAGAUAAGUUUGACUGGCAUGGAAGAAUGGGUUAUGUUCACAUAGAUGAUGUUGCUCUCUCCCAUAUACUUGUCUAUGAGCAUCCAGAUGCUCAUGGGAGGUAUCUUUGCAGCUCAAAGGUUCUUGACAACAAUCAACUUGUCUCAAUUCUAUCGGAGCGCUACCCAUCUUUGCCUAUUCCUAAAAGGUUUAAGAAACUUGAUCGACCUCACUACGAAUUCAACACCUUGAAGCUGGAGAACUUAGGAAUGAAAUUCAAGUCCAUUGAAGAGAUGUUUGACGAUUGUGUCGCAUUCUUCAAAGACAAAGGCCUUAUCUCUUCCAUCUAAGAGACAGCAUUUCUGCAUAAAAGCUCUUUACUGUAUGACCCUUUGGAUGUUUUAUUUUUAUGUACCUCAUGUGUUGAUCCUUAGUUAUUUAUACCAAUAGUUACCUCAUCUAUGUAUUAGUAAAUGGAAACUUGCUGUUACAUGGUA